CAUAAGAGGUGCGGCGCUUCAACUUCACACAUAGGUAGCGUGAAAACAGCACCAGUCACCAUCUGACACCUGCAGAAGGCUUUCCAGCGACAGAUCUGCGCGUUUUCUUUUCUUUAUCCAGUGGAUUGGUUUACUUCCAGCGCGCGCCGGGGUCAUACAGAAGAAGAUUUGACUUUUGCGCUCAGAUUGUUUGCUUUCCGUCUGUCAGCAUGGCUUCAACAACCUGCACCAGGUUCACCGACGAAUAUCAGCUGUAUGAAGAACUCGGAAAGGGAGCUUUUUCUGUGGUGAGAAGAUGUAUGAAAAUCUCCAGCGGUCAGGAAUACGCGGCCAAAAUCAUCAACACCAAGAAACUGUCUGCCAGGGAUCACCAAAAGCUGGAACGAGAGGCCCGAAUUUGUCGUCUUCUCAAGCAUCCAAACAUCGUAAGGCUCCAUGACAGCAUAUCAGAGGAGGGCGUUCACUACCUCGUCUUUGAUUUAGUCACGGGAGGGGAACUGUUUGAAGAUAUUGUGGCCAGAGAAUACUACAGUGAAGCAGAUGCCAGUCAUUGCAUUCAGCAGAUCCUUGAGGCCGUUCUUCAUUGCCAUCAGAUGGGAGUAGUCCAUCGUGACCUGAAGCCAGAGAAUCUUCUUUUAGCCAGUAAGCUGAAGGGAGCAGCGGUGAAACUGGCUGAUUUCGGUCUGGCCAUCGAGGUGCAGGGAGACCAACAGGCCUGGUUUGGUUUCGCUGGGACUCCAGGUUAUUUGUCUCCUGAGGUUCUGAGGAAGGAGCCGUAUGGCAAACCGGUGGACAUGUGGGCAUGUGGCGUGAUUCUGUACAUUCUUCUUGUGGGUUACCCUCCUUUCUGGGACGAAGAUCAACAUCGACUUUACCAGCAGAUUAAAGCUGGUGCUUAUGAUUUUCCGUCUCCUGAGUGGGACACAGUGACACCAGAGGCCAAAGAUCUCAUCAACAAGAUGCUGACCAUAAACCCGGCCAAACGCAUCACAGCUGCCGAAGCCCUCAAGCACCCCUGGAUCUGUCAACGCUCCACCGUGGCCUCCAUGAUGCACAGACAGGAGACUGUGGAAUGUCUGAAGAAGUUCAACGCCAGGAGGAAACUGAAAGGCGCUAUCCUCACUACCAUGCUGGCUACACGAAACUUCUCAAGCAAGAAUCCGUACAAGAAGCCCGACGGGGUUAAGGAGCCUCAGACUACUGUUAUCCAAAAUCCUGCGGAUGGAAACAAGGAAUCAUCAGAGAGCGCCAACACAACUAUUGAAGAUGAAGAUAUUAAAGCCAGAAAACAGGAGAUCAUUAAAGUCACCGAGCUGCUGAUCGAAGCUAUUAAUAACGGCGACUUUGAAGCAUACACGAAGAUCUGUGAUCCAGGACUCACCUCUUUUGAACCCGAAGCUUUGGGAAACCUCGUGGAGGGGACGGAUUUCCACAGAUUCUACUUUGAAAACUCUCUCGCUAAGGGACACAAACCCAUCCACACCAUUCUUCUGAAUCCUCACGUGCAUCUGAUCGGCGAGGACGCCGCCUGCAUCGCCUACAUCAGACUCACGCAGUACAUGGAUGUGAACAACUUGCCCCGCACCAUGCAGUCCGAGGAAUCCCGCGUCUGGCACCGCAGAGACGGAAAAUGGCAGAACGUUCACUUCCACCGCUCGGGCUCUCCGACUGUACCCACCAAAUGAGUGAAGAGCACAUCAUCUCCUGUCAGCUGAGCUUCGACACAAUCGUGAUCUUCACUGUUUGCUCUGCCAGAGUCCUGUUUACAUUUCUUGCUGGACUUAUAGAAGAGAUUUAUUUCAUACGAGGAUGCGCUGUGUGUGUGUGUGUGUGUGUGUGUGUGUGUGUGUGUGUGUGUGUGUGUUAUGUGUAUUGAGUAUGCUGUUUACACACUGUACUCAUUAUGUGGAAAGCAUGUUCUUACAGUACCAACAACUUUAAUCUUUUUUAUAGGGUUCGAUUUUUGUAUAACAAAUAUACAUAUAUGGAGCCAUUUCUUUGUAAUCUGUGGUGUUUGGGUACAAGGAUUUGACAAAUGAGUUUCGUUUGAAAUGUAACUGGAGGGUUGAAAAUGAGAAGAUGCCAAGAUGUAAAUGAUAUGAAAGGCCAAAAAAUCUGUGCAUAUAUGAUCCAAUAGUUUUCAUGAUAACACUGAAUCAGAGUUAGACAUCCGUAAGGCUGUGAAGUUUACAGGACGUUGUAGUUUUUGUGCUUUUCUCAAUUUGAUGACUUAUACAGCAGAGAAUUUGCUUAUUACUUCAAGUGUCAGAAAUGAGCUUGCUUAUGGUUUCAGUGAUGUAGGACAUUUCGUGAAGUUACGUGAAGUGCUAUUCUUGCUUUACACUUUGGAGUAUUAAUGGUUUAAUAUUAGCGUAUAGGAAACAUCGUGAGGUUUUAUUGGCUAAUCCUUAGCAGGGGGAAAUCUGAUCUAGUUUUAUUGUUUUUAAAUGUUGUUUGCUUAUAAAUAAACACACGUUUUAGACAACUGCGAUUACUAAACUUUUAAGGGAAAGAAUGUAACAUCUCAUACUGUAUUGUAUGACUAUAAUCUUUACUGUACUAGACUCGAGCGCUCGUUCUGUGAAACGUGUGGCUAGUUUUUAUUUUCUGAUCCGUAAACCGUGUGAAUUUGAUAUUUUCUUGUGUUAACUCCUGAGCAUUUGUGUACAUGAUCUAACAUGACAAUCUGCAGUCGAGGACAAAUUGUGAUGGAUUGUUUUAGUUUGAACAAUUAGUUGUUAGUAAUAGUGCAUGACUUUCUAUUGUCAGUCUGUAUAAACACACUUGAAACUGAAGGAUCCAAACAUGAGUCACUGUUUCUUACAACCAAACCCAAUGAUUUACAUGCUGCCAAACUAAAUAUCUGACACGGUUGAAUAUACAUACUACACAUGCCAAAGAAAAAUUGUUGCGUAAAUGUGCAGACAUAAUCUGUCCAUUUUCACAUGCAUACAAAACAGAAAUCUCCAAAUCCAUGUAUCGCUAUACAUACUGUAACCAACUGAAUGGUGGAUGUUACAUUUAUGAUUUUAUCUCAUGGAAAUUUCAGGAUUUAUUGAUACUGAACAUAUUAAAGUGUGAAAUAAAAGGUGUGAUUUCUCCCAAA